GAUUCCACAGAGUUUUCUGCUCUUGUUUCAUCCAGGCUUGUCCAGCUGUAUCCAGCCCAGUUCAAGGCAGCCCAGCCUAAACCUUAUCUUCCAACAGAAUGUCUGUUCGCUUCAGCUCCCAGACCUUCAGCUCCCGCUCUGCAGCCUUCCCUCGAAAGGGGGGCCAGGGGCUGGUGAGCUCAGUGACCACCAGAGGCAGCUCAGCCGGCCACAUAGGGGGCUUUGGAAGCAGCAGUCUCUAUGGUUUGGGCACCUCAAGGCCCCGAGUGGCUGUGGGAGUCCACUCUGUCUAUGGAGGAAGCUCAGGGGGAGUCUGUGGAGCCAGAGGGGCUGGCAUCCAUGAGGUGACCGUCAACCAGAGCUUGCUAGCCCCACUCAAUCUGGAGAUUGACCCCCAGAUCCAGCAGGUGCGCAAGGAGGAACGUGAGCAGAUCAAGACUCUCAACAACAAAUUUGCCUCCUUCAUUGAUAAGGUUCGCUUCCUGGAGCAACAGAACAAGAUGCUGGAGACCAAGUGGAACCUUCUCCAAGAACAGAAGUCACCCAAAGGCAGCUGCAUUCCAUCCAUGUUUGAAACUCAGAUUGCCAACUUGAGGAGGCAGCUGGAUGGACUGCUGACAGACAGGAGCCGCCUGGAGGGCGAGCUGAAGAACAUGCAGGAUGUGGUGGAGGACUUUAAGAACAAGUAUGAAGAUGAAAUCAAUAAGCGCACAGCUGCUGAGAAUGAAUUUGUGAUUUUGAAGAAGGAUGUGGACAAUGCCUAUAUGAAUAAGGUAGAGCUUGAAGCCAAGGUGGAUGCUCUGACUGAUGAGAUCAACUUCCUGAAAGCACUUUAUGAAAUGGAGCUGAAUGAGCUGCAGGCCCAGAUCUCAGACACUUCUGUGGUCCUCUCCAUGGACAAUAGUCGUAACCUGGACCUGGACGGCAUCAUUGCUGAGGUUAAAGCUCAGUAUGAGGACAUUGCCAACCGUAGCCGAGCUGAAGCUGAAUCCUGGUACCAGGCUAAGUUUGAGUACCUCCAGGCCCAGGCUGGAAAACAUGGUGAUGACCUUCGAACCACACGAAAUGAGAUUGCUGAGAUGAACAGAGCUAUACAGCGGCUGCAGGCCGAGAUUGACAAUGUCAAGAACCAGCGUGCGAAACUGGAGGCCUCCAUUGCAGAGGCUGAGGAGCGUGGAGAGCUAACUCUCAAGGACGCUCGGGCCAAGCAGGAGGAACUGGAGGCUGCCCUGCAGAGAAGCAAGCAGGAAAUGGCCCGGCAGCUGCGUGAGUACCAGGAUCUACUCAAUGUCAAGCUGGCCCUGGACAUCGAGAUUGCCACUUACAGGAAGCUGCUGGAGGGCGAGGAGAGCAGGUUGUCUGGAGAUGGAGUCGGAAGUGUCAGUAUCUCUGUGGUGAAUUCAGUUGGAGGAGGUUUAGGCAGUGGAGUGAGCUUUGGUGGAACAAUGGGCACCAAUUCCCUUGGUUUCUGUGGUGGAGCUGGAUCUGGAAAUGUGAAGAGUUAUUCCAUCAAAACAACAUCUUCUACUACUCGCAAGAGCUUUCGGAACUGAGCUCCGGAGCCAUCGAGGCUUGAAUAAGAGUAAUGGCAAGAAAGAAGAGAGAUUUUUCCCUUGUGUCCCCUAUUUCACCCUUUGAUCUGCUUCCUCUCUCUGGAGCUACAGUAAGAAAAGAGAUAUGGAGAAGCUGGAUCUCUAGAUGGCUUUUUUCCCCUUGCUUCAUAUCCACCUCACCCCAUUACCUUUAACCACUAUGUAGCAGUGAGAAAGUGGAGAUUAGUGUGUCUUGGGGCCUUGGGGAAUAUCUGAAAAAACUCUUAAUAAAGUUGUUCUGCUCAGGAAA